UGCUCGCUCAGGUAUCUCGGUAUCGGACACACCUGAAGCUACCGCAGUUUACUCGGAAUUCAACGACACAUUUCCACCGAAACUCUGCUUUAAUCGACGCUUGUACAUCCUGCCAAUGAGGAAUUGCGCCGUUUCGUAGCGCACGAAAGGUUAAAGUGCUGUUUAGGAGAUUUGGCCUCAUUUUAUAAGUGAUUUGAGUGGUGUUUAUAUUGGCUUGGAGGAUGACUCUGGCUCAACUCAGGUUAUUCGGCACGGCAGUGUUUCUGCUCCUAUUUCUCCAUCAAUCUCCGUCUGCGGCUCAAGAAGAAGAGAAACUCUGCAAGGAUAAAUUCAGUGUUGGCAAAGAGGAUUUUGUGUUGAAUACAGAUGAAUCGGUGAAGGAAGGAGCCACGUUUUUAGGCUCUCCUCAAGUCUCUAAACCUGAAGACUGUGUUAUGGCCUGCUGUAAUGAUCCUAACUGCAAUCUGGCACUGAUGGAGCACAGAGAAGAUCCUAAAAGCAUCAACACCUGCUUCAUUAUAAACUGUCUGUACAAGCAGAAGAAGGUCUGCCAUUUUGUGAGGAAAAAGGGCUUUACUAACUACCUGCGCAAAUCUGUUUUCAGCGAUUACCUCGAGCAGAAAGCCACAGAUUUCAUUGAGCAAAAGCUUCCAGAUGUAGAGGAUAGACCUCCGCGUGCAAGGGCCGGACAGGACAGAGUUGUUCAACCUAAUGAAGAUGUGACGCUCAAUGGCAUCGAGAGCUCGGAUGAUAAAAAGAUUGUGAAAUACGAAUGGGAGCAAGUGGUCGGAGACCCGUCUGCUGUAAUGACGAAAGGGCAUUUUGCGGACUCUGUGACAGUCUCCAAUCUUUCUCCGGGGAUGUAUAAGUUCAGACUGACAGUUUCAGAUGAAGCUGGACAGACGGGAUCCGCAGAGGUGUCCAUUUUGGUUCUGACUCGAGAACAGUCGCUCCAUCACUGUCUGGUGCCGAAGAAGGAGGGUCCAUGCCGAGGCUCUUUCCCACGCUGGCAUUAUAACGCCGCCACAGAGAAAUGCGAAGAGUUCAAGUUUGGAGGCUGCGUGCCAAACCGUAAUAACUAUCUGGCGCUCAACGAAUGCCAGAGCGCCUGCAACAAAGUCUCAGUUUCUAAUAUUGGUUCUCCUGCUCCUCAUCCAUCUGGAAGAAUAGGUCCCAUUGACGCUGUUGAGCAGUGUGACAGGCCCUGCAGUCCUGAGCAUUUCACAUGUGAUAAUAAAUGCUGCAUCGGGAAAGAUCUGGUGUGCGACAAAGAGAAACAAUGCAGCGACGGCUCAGAUGAAAAGGAAUGCGACAAAUGGGAUUAUGAUCUUAUUAAAUUGCGGGGAAUCUCUCCGGACGUGUCGAAAGCUCGCUGUGUGAAGCCGCCAGUAACAGGAACCUGUCCCGGCAGUCAAACCAAAUGGUAUUACAAUCCAAACAAGCGUCUCUGUUACCGCUUUAACUACGGCGGCUGUGAAGGAAAUCAAAACCGCUUUGAAACUGAGGCCGGCUGCAUGACGUUCUGCAGCGGAGUCACCGAAAAUGAUAAGUUUCCCGAGGAAAGUCAGUUCGAUAAGCAGGAAGGCAAGAGCAACAACACAGUUGCUAUUGUGAUGGUAAUCAUCUUGGCCUUCGCUAUCGCCAUCCUGCUGGUCAUCAUCGCCUACUGCCUGGUCAAAGGCCGAAAGAAGAGUCGGAAUAAACACCAGCAGCUGGCGGUAAACGGCGGACACAUUUACAGAUACGAGGACUCAGAGAAACUCGUCUACAACAGCACAACCAAACCCAUCUGAACCCCCAACCUGUGAAACGAUACACCUGUAUCUGCAGUAAUUAUCUGAGCUGUUUCCAGUAGACUGUGCAGCAUUUACUCCCAGCUUGCUUUGUUUUAAGUUUGUAUCACCAGCAGCUUUUCUUAGGAAUGCUGUGAAUGUUUGUUUUAAGUUUUUAUUGCUAUGAAUAUGAUUUACUGAUUUAUAUUUUAGGUUUGUUGGAUUUUGCUCAGGGGUAAAUGUGUUUUUAUUUUCCACCAUGUUACCAUAAAACAUUAAAUCACUAUUCUUGAGCCAUUUAGUUUUAUUUUUGGAUUGUUUUGGUCUGUCAGAGAUGCUGCCUGUCUUCAGUUAAUCUUUAAGCCAUGUAAACUUUACUUUACUACUUAGAAAUUAGUAUUUUAGUAUGUCUAAGACCUGAGAUAUCAAUCUAUGGUUUGUUUUUUUUAUGUUUUUUUUAUGUAUAUGUAUUUUUAGUAUAUUUUUUUGGAUGUGGAAAUGACAAUCAUGGUGAUAAAUACAUAUUCCAAAACGCAAAUUUGUACAUAGAUUUUUUUUUUUUAAAUAUGUAUCUAAAACUUUCCCUGAUGUCUAAACUACUAAUCUUCAAAAGUCUCAAUAAAAGUAACAUGUACAGAC